AAAGAGUAGGUAAACUGAUUGCGGAUCUGACACACAUGCCUGCAGCUACAGACUCACAGAUCAACACAAGAGCGCACUUCUGCUGCCUUUCACUUCUGACUGACUGUCACUCACACGAUCGCUGUACCUGUGCCUUCAGUCCCACAAGGACAAAAAUUUCACCAUGAGUGAGGAGACUGAAGUGUGGGUGUAGCUGUUCAGUGGAGCAAGAUAUCACAAGCACAGUGUCUACACUCCCUCAAAAUCGACGAUGGGUGAAGCCGAAGAUGAGAAGAACCAGGCAGGACGGCUAUUUGAGAACUUUGUUCAGGCCACUGACUGUAAAAGCACCCUGCAGGCCUUUAAUAUUAUGUGCAGUUACCUGGAGCUUGACCCUCUGGAGCACAGCACCUUCUACAGCGACCUGAAGAGCAUGGUGACCUGCUGGAAAGCCAAAGCCCUUUGGAGCAAGCUGGACAAGAGAGCCAGCCACAAAGAGUACAAGAAAGGCAAAGCCUGCGAGGGCAUUAAGUGCUUGAUAAUUGGAGGGGGCCCCUGUGGCUUGCGGACUGCCAUCGAGUUAGCUUUCCUCGGAGCCAAAGUGGUGGUAAUAGAGAAGAGAGAUACAUUCUCCAGGAACAACGUCCUACAUCUCUGGCCCUACACCAUUCAUGACCUCAGAGCCUUAGGAGCCAAGAAGUUCUAUGGAAAGUUCUGUGCUGGAGCAAUAGACCACAUCAGCAUUCGGCAGCUCCAGCUCAUGCUCUUGAAGAUCGCUCUGCUUCUGGGUGUGGAGUUUCACGUAAAUGUGGAGUUCGUCAAGCUGGUGGAGCCUCCAGAGGACCAGGAGAAUGAGGGGCCGGGUUGGAGGGCAGAGAUCCGGCCUGCGGAUCACCCUGUGGCCGACUUCAACUUUGAUGUGGUGGUGGGAGCUGAUGGGAGACGAAACUCUUUAGAAGGAUUUAGGAGGAAGGAAUUUCGUGGCAAACUGGCCAUCGCCAUAACAGCAAACUUUAUCAACAGAAACACCACCGCUGAGGCAAAGGUCGAGGAGAUAAGUGGAGUUGCCUUCAUCUUCAACCAGAAAUUCUUUCAGGAUCUCAGACAGGAAACUGGGAUUGAUCUUGAGAACAUUGUCUACUACAAAGACAACACACAUUACUUUGUCAUGACAGCUAAGAAGCAGAGCCUGCUGGACAAAGGUGUCAUCAUUCAUGAUUAUAUUGACACUGAGGCACUGCUGAACAGUGAAAACGUGAAUCAAGAGGCUUUGCUGGCAUACGCACGAGAGGCAGCCGACUACGCCACCCACUACCAGCUGCCCACGCUGGACUACGCCAUGAACCACUGCAGUCAGCCUGAUGUGGCCAUGUUUGAUUUCACAAGCAUGUAUGCCUCAGAAAGUGCCGGUCUUGUCCGGGAGAGGUUUGGUCACAGUGUGCUGGUGGCACUAGUGGGAGACAGUCUUCUAGAGCCCUUCUGGCCUAUGGGGACCGGCUGUGCCCGCGGCUUCCUGGCAGCCUUUGACACGGCUUGGAUGGUAAAAAGUUGGGCGCAGGGUAGAAAUCCACUUGAGGUGCUGGCAGAGAGGGAGAGUCUGUACCGAUUGUUACCUCAAACAACACCUGAAAACAUCACCAAAAACUUUGAUUUGUACACCAUAGAUCCAGGAACACGCUAUCCCAACCUUAAUUCCAGCUGUGUCAGGCCACACCAGGUCCGCAACAACUAUAUCUGUGGAGAGUUGAAGCCGUGCUCUCUGGAACGGGCCGCCACGAUACGCCGCCCUGUCAACUUGGCCAGGCGAGAGUCUGAGAUCAGGCCGAGUCGGUUACUGACGUGGUGUCAGAAGCAGACAGAGGGCUACAAGGGUGUGAAUGUGACUGACCUCACUUCCUGCUGGAGCAGUGGCCUGGCUCUCUGUGCUCUCAUACAUCGCUUCAGACCACAGCUCAUUGAUUAUGACUCUCUCAAUGAGCAAGACUGUGCCAAAAACCUUCAGCUGGCAUUUGAUGUGGCGGAGAAGGAGUUUGGCAUUAAGCCUUUCAUCACAGGGAAAGAGCUGGCGGCAGGUCAGGAGCCGGACAAGACCAGCAUGAGCAACUACCUCUCCAAGUUCUACGAGCUCUUCCGGGGAACGCCUCUACCUCCCUCAGAUUCAAAGCGAGAUGGUGAUGCAAAUAAUGAAAAAUGUCCAUCAGGUUCUCCCAGACCUGUUUCCAAGUCAUUGAGUUGGCUUCAGCCUCGUAAACGCAUACCCAAGAAUGACAAAAAGACUGAAGACAAUGAUGCCAUAUACAAGAGAAGACGGAAAAUUAGUUACUUAGAAGAGCCAAUCAGAUCCAUCAAUCAGAGUUCUUCUGCAUCCAAUGAGGUGCGGGAACUGAAAGAAAACAAGGUCAAGUUUAUGGCCACUCAGCUUCUAGCAAAAUUUGAAGACAGCACCGCAAGCUGCUCUAUUCGCAGACUGUCUGACUCUAAUGAUGAGAGGCCUCCAAGACCUCCAUCGCUCGAUAUGACCGAUAGCCCUCUCUUUAACAUUAUCAAGAAGAAAGUCCCACCACCCCCACCCCCUAAAAAACAGUUUCCGUCCACUGCCUGUGUACGACACUCUGAGGAGCCCUCGGCUCCUCUCUUCCCCUCGCUUCAUUCCAGUCCUCUGAAUCCACAGAGGAAACCACUUCAGCCGACUCACACACACACUCACACACAAUCAGAGGCAGAGAACACAGCUGACUCAGACUCAGGAAAUACAGCCACCUGCCACUCAGCAGUGCUGGCCAUGAGAGCAAUGCUCCAGCGCCUCCAGAGGGUGGAAGAGGAGAUUAGCCAGAGGAAAGCCCAGACUCAAAAGGCCAGGGAGUUUCAUAAAAAAAGCAUAAAGGAGAAGGCUGUGCAUUUGAGCGCUCUGUUCUCUGGCGAGGCCUGCUCUCCACAUCAGGCGGAUAUCCCUCAGACUGGGAAGCUAGACAUGCAGCUUUGUGAAGAGAAGAGAGAAUCAGUGAAUAGCUCAAAGCCUCACUCUUCAUCUCUCCAUUUCCCUCAUUCCAUCCCAUUGACCACCCCUUCAUGCCCUCUCCCACAAUGCACUGCUGCUUCCUGUCCUCCUCCACUCAUUUCAUCCUAUCCCUCUCUGCUGUUGCAGCAGCGCACAGUAGGCAAAGUGUCUCUGAUAGCGUCUGCUAGAGCUGACUCUCUGGUUACCCUCUAUGAAAAUGAUCAUAGGCCCCAGGCAAGCAGCUCUGACACUCCGCCUUCCUUAAAAAGAGAAUUUCCUCAGAGUCUGGGAGAUGUGUGUCAUGCGUGUAAGAAACGGGUGUUUGUAGUGGAGAGGCUCAGCGCAGAGGGAUUCCACUUCCACAGGGAAUGUUUCCGCUGUCAUACCUGCAGAGCUCCACUGCGCCAGGGAGGGCAUUCCUUCGAUUCAGAGGAAGGAAAGUUGUACUGCAAACUCCACUUUGCUCAACGGAAACCCUUAGUCAAGAAUGGGAGGACACCAAUUCUACACACGACGUGUAAUGACGAAUCCCACGACGGCUCCAGCUGGAGUCCAGAGGGACGUGAGCAUCGUCUCCAGGACGAGUCUCCAGUCCUUUUCGACCUCUCCACUGCGUCUGCUCCUGACUUGCUGUGAGCAACGCUGAUCCAAAGGUGAUGGUCUGCAAGGUCACUCAUUGCAUUCGCUCGUAGCGUCUUUGACCUGUUUCACAGCUGUGGAAAUGCACGCUGCAUGACACUAACCGCCUGCCUCUGGUUCUUUCAUCUGCACGUCACGUCUGACAUGUUUCUCUUCUCUGUCUUUCUUCAAGGCUUGUUAAUUACUUGCUCACACAGCCUCUGUCUUUUCUUCAUUUCUUUCUGUUUCAGAGGUGGCUUACAUUUCAGAAACCUACACGCAGGCGCCCGUGUGCCUCUAUGAAAGCAGGUCGUUAGGCCUUUAGUUAAAG